AGGUGCGGGAGAAGAUCGCCCCCACGUGGAGCCGAAUGAGAGCGGUGCCUGGAUUUGCUCUUCAUUUCUGGUCCCACGCUGAGGAUGCCCUGGGGUAGUCCAGAGGACAACUGAGCUGUACCCUCACACCGCUGGCAAACGUUCUUAGGAAUUUCACUUCUCUGCUGUUUUCAGAACACCCUUGUUUUGACUUCAUAGACCUGGCAGAGUUGGAACUCCGUGGGCUCCACAACCCCUUUUUACCCCCAGCCUCACUCAGCAUCUUCACUUUAUUUUAUUAGAUUUUUUAUUUGUGUGCUUUGCCUGCACACACACACACACACACACACACACACACACACACACACACACACACACACACAUAUGUUUACAUAUGUGUGUACCAUGUAAGUUCCUGGGGCCUGCAGAGAUCAGAAGACAUCUGAUCCCCCUGAAGCUUGAGUAAUGGAUGUUGUGAGCUGCCACAUUCGUGCUGGGAACUGAACCCUGGGUCUCUGCAAGAGCAACAAAUGCUCUUAACUAAGUCAUCUCUCCAGCCCCAGUAUCUUCAUUUUUUAAAAAGACACAGAAAUAUCCCUUUUAAGAUCUACCCAAAGAUGAAUUGUAGGACUUCAUCAGUAUCUGGGCUAUGGGCUUGGAACAGUAUCUCUUAAGCCUUCCAGAAUUGGUCUUAUCUUAUUUCCCUCCCCCAGGCCUAUGGUGCAGGUAUCAGGAUUACUUUUGUCCCUAGGGCUAGUUGCAGAACCUCCACAUGUUGGACUAUGGGAUUCCACAGAGAAUGAGCCUCUCAGCCUUCUUCCAUCAGUAAGCCAUUCAUCCCAACUGCUCUCCCAUCAUCCACUGUCCUCAUGUCUACCAUACUCCUGAAUUUGGACUUUGGGGAACCUCCGAAAAAGGCAUUUGGAGGAAAUGCCAAGCACCAGCGUUUUGUCAAGAAGCGGCGGUUCUUGGAACAGAGAGGAUUUCUGAAUAAAAAGAACCAACCCCCUAGCAAGGUGUCUAAGUUGCAUUCAGAACCUCCAAAGAAAGGGCAAUCUUCAAGAGUAGAUGACAUUUUGAAUACCCUUCCAUGCCCAAAGAAGAAGGAGGCAGCGGCCUCCAAGAGGGAGUCAGAGCAGUCCACAGACAGGAAAGCAUCAUUGUCUUGGCUGACCCCUGCUCCUUCAAAGAAGACUAAUUCUGUUGUGGCUAAAAUAGAUUUGUUAGGGGAGUUUCAGAGUGCCCUUCCAAAGAUUAAGAGCCACCCAUCCCACACCCAGAAGGGCUCCAAGAAGAAACCUUUAAAGAAAAAUGCAGAGAACUCCACCCAAGCUCACUCAGAAAGUAAGGGCUCCAAGAAGCCCUCACAGAAGAGUGCUACACAGAACUCCACCCAAGCUCAUUCGGAGAAUAAAGGCUCCAAGAAGAAGUCCUUGAAAAAUGUUGCACAAAAUUCCACACAAGCUUGUUCGGAGGAAAAGUGCCUUAAAAUCUCCCAAAACUUGCCUGGGAAGAUGGUGGCAGUUGACUGUGAAAUGGUGGGCACAGGACCCAAGGGGCGUGUGAGCUCCUUGGCUCGAUGCAGCAUUGUAAACUACAAUGGAGAUGUGCUCUACGAUGACUACAUCCUCCCCCCCUGCCAUAUUGUGGACUACCGGACCAGAUGGAGUGGCAUCCGAAAGUGCCACAUGGUUAAUGCUACACCCUUCAAGAUUGCUCGGAGUCAGAUCUUGAAGAUACUCACAGGGAAGAUAGUGGUAGGGCACGCCAUCCACAAUGACUACAAAGCCCUACAGUAUUUCCAUCCCAAGUCCCUCACUCGAGACACUUCUCAAAUACCACUCCUCAACCGGAAGGCUGACUGCCCAGAAAAUGUCACUUUGUCACUGAAGCAUCUCACCAAGAAGCUGCUGAAUCGGGAUAUCCAGGCUGGAAAAAGUGGACAUUCCUCAGUGGAAGAUGCCCAGGCCACCAUGGAGCUGUACAAGUUGGUUGAAGUUGAAUGGGAGCAGCACCUGGCCCAGAACCCUCCAGAAAAUUAGCAGUCCCGGGGAGACACAUGCCGUGCAGUAGACCAUUCCACAGUUCUACUAGCUUCACACCUGUAGAAGCUAGAAUUGUUGGGGAGAGGGGCUUGACCAGAGAGUUAAUACCCAUUGAAAUUUCAUCUCAGCUGUUGUGGGGUCACUGUGUGGUUAAGUGUCUCAUGAAAGGAGAAAGUGUUCAUGUUAAAACCCACCUCUAGGCCAGGCAGGUGGCACAGGCCUGUAAUUCCACAGACUUGGGAGAUUGAGACAAAGUUUUAAGUUUAAGGUCUGCCUGGGCUACAGAAUUAGUUAAAGGCCAUUGAGACCCUGUCCUAACACAAAAAGAGGGCUAGGAGUAAAGCUCAGUGCUAGAGCACUUUCCCAGCAUGCAUAAGCCCCUAGUUCAAUAUCUAGUAGUGAGGUGGGGAACACAACAUGAACUAUAGACCAUUUACUUCUUGAAUAGUGCUAACCACAUGUCCUAGGGUGCUUGUGCCAGUCAGCUUUCGUGACUUUGAGGAAGCAAGGCACACCAGGGAAUACAGAUUCCCACAUUAUCUUAUGGGUGGGACACAUAGCAUCAAUAUCUCCCUUUGAUGGGGAGUAAAGGAGCUGUUGUAUUGCCAACAAACACUUGGGUACAAAUGACUUUUUCCUCAGCUCCGUGACUAACUGGGACUAAGGGUGUGUGUUCACCACUGUGCCUGGUUUUAUGAAUUGUAUGUUUUUUGUUAUAAAGUAAUUAAUAUCUUUUCACUUUCAGAAGUGUUCUGAUUGGAGGUAGGCAUGGUGGUCUCUAAUCCCAGGACUCUGGAGGCCAAGGCAGGAAGAUCAAAAGUUCAAGGCCAGUCCGAUUACGUAGAGCAGCUCUGGCUCAUAGAAAUAGAAAAAGAGAAGGAACAGAUUGUGUGGCUGGUUGCUGUAUAGCCACAUUACAUAGCACAGAAUAGCAGAGUUUACUUCAUUUAGGUUCUGCUUAGUUACAAAGAAUUUACAUUGUUUUAAUAGUCUUUCAACCCUUUUACCUUGUAAAUGAAGCCUUUUAAAACUUCAAAUAAUUCUUUUGUAAUAGAAAAUUAGUGGGUUUUCCCAUAAAGAGUAUUUUUACUUUA